AUGUCAAAGGCACCGUUGGUAUGGGAAUGGACUAUGAGUGUCGCCCUGGCUACAAUUUUGGUCGCAGCCGAUCGUUUAAGGACAAAGUUUAUCAAUUUUAACUGCCGAAAUCUUACCUCCCAAACUUCGAACAUAUCGCAAGCACCCGGCCUCCCCCGUGCGCUCACCGAGAGCGAGCCAAACCCUCCAGUCAGGGACUGCGCCGCUUGGGUGGCUGAGGUACUUGAAGAAGUCCGUACUCUUCUGCGGAGCGGUGGCUUGGCUGCCUGA